GCGCCCUUGCAUCCCUUUAUCUGAAUCAAAUAGCCGGUUACAACGCAAUACGUUUUAUCCCUCCUUAAAAUUAUAUCGAAAAUGUCUUACCUACCAUAUGUUUGUGACUUCGAUCGGCACAAUCGUAUGCCAUUGCGAUAUGCCACGUCUUUCAUGCCGGAAAAUUUAUUCGAAGCGAUUGACGUAUCAGACUUGGAGUACUUCCCCAAGCUGUCUAAGUUCAACGGCGUCGGGAAACCUAGCAAGGAUCGUUUUGAAGUGUAUUUAGACGUAGAGGAUUACGGCCCUGAUGAUAUAACAGUGAAGACGAUUGACGGCUUCGUAGUCAUCGAAGGUCAGCAUAAGGAGAAACGGGAUGAGUAUGGUUGGGUGAAGCGUCAGUUCUAUCGCCGGUGCCCUUUACCUGAGGGCUAUAAAACUAAGGCUCUUUUAUCACAAUAUUCUUCGGAUGGUACCCUGAUAAUAACAGCGGCUCUGGUAAAAUGUAAUGAGGGAAAGUGUGAGAUGCCGGUGCAAGAAAAGAAUGGAGGUGAAGGCAUACCUACUAAGAAAAACCAGGAUGACGCAGGCGCAGAGUCCGGGGAUGGUGAAAACGAGUCUGAGAAGAAACCGGUUAAACCUAAACCUGCUAAUGAAGAUGCCCUGGAUCCUACUAAUAAUAGUAACAAGCAAGAGUAAACGGUAACGUCUCCUAAGCUUGACAUAGCAUAUUGUUUCAAAUUAGAA